UGUGCAGAUAACGGCGAGGCUCGAACGUACGUUCGCCAAUGUCCGGUUUUUAAAAAUAAUAAAUGUCAAUAAAUUAGAUAUGUUGUGUGUGUUAUAAAUAAUACUUCGUGUUUUGUGCUGGUUGUGAAAUUAUAGAUAAAUUUUCCGCAAUCAACUAAGGGUGAAAGUUACGAUGAUUCGAGCGGCCGAAACAUGUGCUUGCCCGCUGCAAGAGUUCGGACCAUCCAUGGCUGGGUCCUGUGGAGGCCAGAUAAUUCUAUUUAUGUCUAUAUUGGAGUCCUUUAUUAAAGGUCGAUGUGAUCUUGUGGAUCCCUGUAACAGAGUGGUUGAAAAGGAGCAGUAUGAUGAUAGCUAUGACUUCGUGGUUGUUGGGGGUGGAACAGCAGGUGCCAUUGUUGCUGCUCGAUUAUCGGAAAAUCCGCAAUGGAAGGUACUUCUCAUAGAAGCAGGCGGCGAGGAACCAUCUCCGUCCUCAGUGCCGGCGUGGGUGACUGCAUUUUGGAAUAAAAACGAAACUGACUGGAAUUACAAAACAGAGCAACAAGAAAAAGCCUGCCUGGCUCAUGGAGGACGCUGUUCUUGGCAUAGAGGGAAAAUGCUAGGUGGAUGUUCCGUGAUCAACGGCAUGAUGUAUAUGAGAGGUCACGCAGCGGACUAUGACGGAUGGGCAGUGAAUGGCGCACCUGGUUGGUCAUGGUUUGAAGUUAUGCCUUACUUCCUGAGGAGCGAAGACAAUAAGGAGAUAAGCGAGGGCGUCUCUGGACAGUAUCAUAAUACUGGCGGGCCUAUCCCUGUUCAAAGAUUCCGAUAUGCGCCACGCUUCGCUCACGAUGUUGUAUCAGCGGCUAUCGAAUUGGGAUUCACUCCUACGAGCGAUCUUAAUGGAGAGACAACGACGGGCUUUACGAUCGCACAGGCAUUUAACGAUGGCGGGACGAGAUUUAGCACAGCGCGUGCAUAUCUACGCCCAGCUUCUCACCGAGAAAAUUUAGACGUAAUACUCAACGCUUUAGGGACAAGGGUCAUUAUAGAUCCCAAUACUAAGACUGUUACUGGUGUUGAAUAUAUCAAGAACGGCGAAACCAAAACGGUCGGGGUCACUAAAGAGGCUAUUCUAUCUGGCGGUACCAUGGCUUCUCCACAAAUUCUGCUUCUCUCGGGAGUUGGACCAAAAGAGACUUUAGACAAAUUUAACAUCCCGGUAAUCAAAGAUCUGCCCGGCGUGGGGCAGAACCUUCACAAUCACGUAGGAGUGAAACUUGACUUCACCCUAGCGAAGGAGCCAGACCUUCCAGAACUGAAUUGGGAGAGUGCCAUGGAAUAUAUGUUAGAGAGGAAAGGCCCAUUAUCAGGGACGGGAAUGUCUCAGUUGACUGGGAUGAUAAAUUCCCGGUUAGCGCCAGCCGGUGGACGACACCCUGACAUACAGUAUUUCUUUGGGGGCUACUACGCUGCUUGUGGUGACGGGUCAUUGGGACCAGACGACUUGGAGAAUGCUAAAAGGAGAAAAAUAACUAUAUCAGCAAUUGCCCUACAACCAAAAAGCCGUGGUUUCUUAACGCUGCGUUCAGGAGACCCAUUCGACUACCCAUUGUUUCACCCUAACUACUUUCAAGAUGAUCACGAUUUGGCAGUAUUGGUUGAGGCUGCAAGGACUGCGUACCGGUUGGCUAAUACUACAAUACUUCGUGAAAAGUACGGCAUGCAUCCCACUGAGAACUAUGGAGAGCAGUGUCCCGGUGGUGGAUUAAACCCCACGGAUGAGUUCUUCAAGUGUUUAGCACAACAUUACACAGCGCCAGAGAAUCAUCAGGUUGGGACGUGCAAGAUGGGCUCUAGCGACGACCCUAUGGCUGUUGUGGACCCCACGUUGAAGGUUUAUGGUAUCGAAGGUCUCCGAGUGAUCGACGCUUCAAUAAUGCCAACAGUGCCGUCAGCUAACACAGCAGCACCGGUUGUAAUGGUUGCGGAACGUGGAGCCGAGUUUAUCGUCACUAGACAUCAGAGGUUCAAGAACAGAUUUGGUAGCAAUACGCCUACAAAAGGUGGCGCUACCAGCCAUGACGAUAGGUGGACAUACUACAACUCCAAUAGAGAUAGCAAAUGGAACAAUAGAGAUUGGGCUUUCAAUAUUAAUAGGCAAAAUACCCAAAAACCUCAAGACUGGUACAGGCAGAAUAAUGUUUAUCCUACGAGGCAAUCGCACAGAUAAUGAAAUGCAAAAAUCAGUACACGAAUUAAAUUAUUUUAUUGUAAGACUUAGCUAAACGAAAUGUAUAAAUUUGCUGGUUUAUAUAGAGUCGGUCACGCCUAAAUCAGUUUGAAUGAAUAGAGCGUAAUUGUAACGAUUUAGUGAAAUAUCAGUAUUAUACAAAAUUUCUCGUUAUUGAAAUCUAUGUAUUAAGUUUAAGAUUUUUGACUGCUCUUUUUAAAAAACAUUAUUUUGUACUGAAUUAGAAAAACAAUCAUGUUAUAAAACGAUUUUAACUAUCGAACUUGUUUUCACUACCAUAUCUGCUGUUAAAUCUAUAGAAAUGAUUCGUACUAUUGAAAACCGGAUCGAAGGACCAUAAGAUUUUGCAUUGUUUUAGAAAUUUGAAGGACAUUAAAUGUAUUCAAUGUAAUCUAUGUACGUGGACUGAAAUUACAGUAUAUGUUACACUAACCAAUGUAUUACAAACUAGCAUUAAUAAUGAUGCACUUAUUUAUAACUAUUGUUAGCCAAACUCGUAAAAUGCUAAAAACUUUGCAUUAAUAAUGAUUCCUAUAGUAAUAAAAUAAAAACACAAAAUUA